GGUUACGAUUUUAGGGAGAAGAAGAAGAAGGAAGAGAGCUAUAGAGAAAGAAACAAAGAAAGGAGAAGAUGGAUAGAAAUAGAGAAGCUAGAAGAGUACCUAUGGCUGCUGCCGGAAAUGGUAUUUCACGGCGGAGACAUAGAGCCGGAAGUUUCAGAGAUUCUCCAGAGGAGGAAGGUCCGGUGGAGUUACCGGAGGCGGCGAGGUUGAGAGAUAGAGGAGGGAGUAUUAAGAAGGAUCGAGAUCGGGAACGUGAUAGAGACAGAGAGAGGGAAAGAGAAAGAGAUAGGGAGAGAGAUCGGUUAAAUAGCCGGAGUAAAAGGAGAAGAGGAGACCGGAUAAUGAUGGUUCACGGCAAUUUAGACGACGGUGGUGACGACAGCUCCGAAGAGAGUGUUAACGAUGACGAAGAAUAUGAUGACGGAGGUGUAGGACCACCGUCUUCGUUGAAGAUGCUUCCUCCGACGAGUAAUAAUAUCUCCGCCGCUUCGUUUUCUUCGUCUCUCUCGAAUCAUCACCACAACGGUGGUAGCGGUAAUCUCCAUCACCACCAUCACAGUCACAACAAUAAUAACCAUCAUCAGAGGAAGAAUUUCCCGCCGACGAAAGUUUUCAGAUCGACUCCUCCGGCGCCGGUUUCACCUCUCGUUUCGACCUGGAAAGCCGCUGACGAGAUGAUCGGUGUUUCGGUUCCUAGAAAAGCUCGGUCAGCUUGUACAAAGAGACCGCAUGAAUCAUGGGCGUCAAGUACUACAGGCGGUGGUGUUUUUGCUUCCGGUGAACAAAUCCAUCGGCAAGUAUCAUCAACGUCUCCAGCUAAUAGAGUUAGUCCGGCUUCGAUUCUAGCAUCUCCGUCUCCUCCAGCUCCUACAUCUCCUUCUUCUUCAAGCGUUUCUAUCCGGAAAAAAUUGCCGUCGGGGACAACAAAACAGAAACCGUUACCGCCUAAGUCAUCAUCAUCGUGUAAGUUAUCAUCUCCGGUGGCUGUACAAGAUGAGAUCGAGAUCGAGAUAGCAGAAGUGUUAUACGGUAUGAUGAGGAUGCCUUUAGCUAAACAAGAAUCCGCCGGAAAUGAUUUGACGGAGGCAGGUGCGAAACCAACUGUAGAAGUCAAAUCUAGAGUAUCAUCACCGAUCUCUAAUCCUCAAACUCUUGCUCAAUCAUCAUCCAUCACACUUGCUGCAAAUUCGAGUUCGUCAAACGUUUCAGCCAUCGCUCCUAAAAGAAAGAAGCCGAGACACAUCAAAUACGAAGACGAUAACAGUUCACGAGUGACUACGAUCAAAUCCGAAGCUGAAGCUCCUUCGAAAAGUCAAGUUCCGUUGGGUGAUCAGCUAAAGAGCUCAGGAUCCGGCGAAGGAGUUAGCUCCGUUUUGGAUUCAACCAACCCACAACCGAGAGAAACACACGCCCACGCAUCGUUAGAUUCAAGAUCAGGAACUGAGAAAAAAGAGAACAAUCUGUCAAAAGACGAAACUAUAUUGCCGAAAGUGGAGUCUUCUUCAGGAUUUAGAUCCGAUGGUGAUAAAGCUAAAUCGAGUUCACCGGAAAAAGAGAAGUUUGAGAUAGAUCUGAUGGCGCCACCGCCGGUGAGAUCUUCAUCGGAGAGAGGCGGAGAGAUGAUGGAAUGUGUGGCAGCAGAAGCUAAACCUAAAGUCACGGAAGUGGAAACGCAGCAGGAAGCAAAGCCUUUGCUAAAGGAAGAUAGAGGUGAUGCGAAGAUUCAUGAUUCUGAGGAGAAGAAGAGACCUAGAAUGGUGGCGGAAGCUGAGCACCAUAAGUUAGAGAGAAACAUUGAACUCAAACUCGACAUUGAUAAGUCUGAUCAUGCGGGUUUAGUAAACAAGCAUCAUCUUGCCCAGAAACAGCCACCGCUACAACAACUAUCUGUUCCUGAUAAAGCAGCUCAAGGUAGCCAUUUGCCUCUGCAUAUGUCAAUGCCUGGCUGGCCUGGUGGUCUUCCUACAAUGGGAUACAUGGCACCUACUCAAGGAGUUGUGCCUACGGAUACCAGUUCUUUGUCAGCUGCAGCAAUGCAGCCUCCUCCACAUUUACUUUUUAAUCAGCCCAGGCCUAAGCGAUGUGCUACACACUGCUACAUUGCUCGAAAUAUUCAAUCUCAUCAGCAAUUCACAAAGAUGAAUCCUUUCUGGCCUGCAGCAGCAGGUUCAGCUCCAUUGUAUGGGGCUAAGGCUUGUAAUCUCAGUCUCAUGCCUCCCUCAGAACUUCAGGGGAGUGUUAUGAGUAGAAGUUCCAACCCUGUUCAAGAUAAGAACUCUCAGUCUACUUCUAAAAGUUCAGUUGAUACAGCUCAACGAAAUCAAAUAUUGCUUCAACAAGCUCUGCCACCUGGGGCAGCUAAUAACAUCUUGCAUGGACCCACGUUCAUUUUCCCUUUGGGCCAACAGCCUCAUGCAGCUGCCACAAUAGCUGCUGCAUCUGUCAGACCUCCGAAUAGUGGCAUCACACCUUCUGGAGCAACACCUACUUCUACCUCCAUGAAUGGUUCUGCAUCAGCUACUCCAGCUGGUGCGCCAACAAUGAGCUUCAGUUAUCCGGCCAUGCCAGGAAACGAAACACAAUACCUGGCCAUUUUGCAGAAUAACGGCUAUCCAUUUCCAGUCCCAGCUCAUGUUGGUGCACCACCUGCUUAUAGAGGAGCUACUGGGCAACCGAUGCCAUUUUUUAAUGGUUCAUUUUAUUCCUCCCAAAUGAUCCAGCCUCCACAUCAUCAGCCACAAAAGCAGCAACAACAGCAGCAAAAUGGUCAAAUACUCCAUAGCCAUGUUCCUAGCAACCAGAAUGGGAGUGUUUCCACUGGUUCCUCAGCAGCACAGAAGCAUAUGCAGAACCAACAGCUGAGGCCACCGAUCAAUCACGGGAACUCCCAAGGAUUUCCAACUCAUAAAGUCCAGUCUCAACCUUUGAGUUUUCAGCAGAGGCAGCAACCUAGAGAAAAUGCGACUCAACAUAGUGAGACAGUUGGGGAAGAUAGCCCAUCAACUGCUGAUAGCCGGGGUUCUCGUUCCAAUGUCGCAUGCGGCCAGAACUAUGGUAUGGCAAUGCAACCAACCAACUUAGGUUUGAUGAGUUCAGCAGCACCUGGUGGUGGAGUGGUUGGAUCGUCUAGCGGCCAUGGUGAAAAGAAAGGACAACAGCAGGUUUCAAAAGCUGGUGCAGAAUCCUUCCAGUCACAGGGUUAUGCUAUGACCUUUGCAACAUUCAAUGGGGCAAACACUGCUCCUGCCCUGAACAUGUCUUCAAUUGCUCAUAAUCACGCUAUGUUCCACAGCAUGCCAGAAGCGGCAAGGCAAGGCUAUCAGAUGAUGGCAGUUGCUCAAGCAGCUCAGCAGAAAAUGAACUACAGUGCUUCACUAGAAGAUGGAAAAUCUGGGUCUGUUGGUCCUGCUUCUAAUACCAUUGAGGAACAAAGGAAGUCAGGAGGAACAACAGGAAAAACAAGUGGUGGGAAUGGUGGGCAGUCUAUUGCUUUCUCCAACAAACACGAUUUAACUGAUGCAUCUGUUUCCGCUGUCACGAGUGGUAGCAUCGUUGAUAGUUCCUCCCGUUUGCUCAACCUUGGUUCUGCUCUCCCACAGAGUUCUGGUUCUAUGCCCCCAUCUCAUCAUCAUCACCAGCAACAACUACAACAACAGCAGCAGCAGCAUAUGCAACGGAGUCAAUCGCAGCAACCUUAUACAACCAUGUAUCUCCAGAAGCAGCAGCGGUAUGCAACUUCAGUCGCUGCUUCUGCUGCCAGAACCAAAGGGCCCGUGGCGAGUAAUGGAAGUGGUUUCCCUGAUCACAAUAUGACCACAUCACCUAUGGGAACUACCAAGUUUGCAAAUGCUAAUUCAGGGUUCCCGCAAAACCUUGUCCAGUCGAGCAGCAAUCAGGUGCAGUCUCAGUGGAAAAACAAUUCACCCAGGACAACGAAUACUGCCCAAGCUCAGUCUCCUUCGAUACUGUCACCAUCAUCAUCAGUUGCAGCUGCAUCGUCCCUAAGAAACGUCUCGCAUAAACAGCAAAGCCGUCCCCAGCAAUCGCAGAUAUCUUUUGCAGCAAACUCAAAACCAAUGGGUUCUGGUUCACAAAUGCAGCAGGUGCAAGGAGGUACCAACCACCAGGCUCCAUCUCCACCAAUGGUAGUUGGGUCGCCUUCGACGUCUUCAGUCUCCAAAAACGCCAGUGGAAGCCCAAGAACAACUGCAUCUGCUUCCCCAGCGGGGAAUAAAGCUGGGCAAACUUCCUCUACUCAUUCAUCAUCUCAGCAGUCUAAGAACAUACAGUCUGCAUCCGUGGCGUCAUCUGCUGGUGGGAGGAAUAACGGUCCCUCUGUUCUCGGAAACCCCACGACGAACUCUGGAUCGAAGAUGCAACAACAGCAGCAGCAGUUGCCAAAGCAUGGGAUGCAGCAGCCAGCACAGCUUUUCUUCUCUAACCCUUACAUGCAAGCUCAACAUCAACACCAACACCAACAGCAACCGCAACAGAUCACAAUAUCUCCUUCUGGUGGGUAUUACAUUCAAAGACAUCAGCAACAGUCAGGUUCAGCACCUGCAGCCACAUGUCCUCCAGUCACGGGAGCCGUUACAGCAACUUCAGAUCCAGCGAAAGCGAUCGCUGCAGCAACUGCUGCAAAUAACAUGAAAGGAGGAGGAGGAGGAGGUGGUAUGGGGAAGACGCAGCAACAUCAGCUGGGGCCUCCAGGGUUUACGGAUGUGCAUGCUGUUCCCUCUGCGGUUCAGGUGAAACCCGUGAAUCAGAAGCAACAAGGGGGUGAGUGAAAGAUCCUUAGAAAAACCAUUUGGUAAUUAAAAAAAAGACUCUGAAUGGUUGGGAAGUUCCGGUUAUGUAUAGCUCUGCUUGGGCUGGCGAGAUGGAAAGAAAAGGACUUAUUAGGAGUCUUGGGGG